ACUUUUACGUCGAACCGUGACCGAAUACGAGAGAAAGUAACGCGACUCAAUAUAACGGGGCACCUAAAUAUAAGUACUACAUGUACAACAAGAGUAUCAAGAAUAAAUCUACAUUAUAUAUUGUGACAAAAAAAGUGUGUCUUGGUUGGCAAUCCGUCUGAGCUGCUGCUGUCUCAAAUGACUCUAGAGAUACCAACAUGGCUAAAUCUAUCCUUCGUAGAGAAGAUUCUACAAAAAUCGGAAGACGACAAUUCGAUCCAAGUGAUCGACAUAUUUUCGAAACCGGCCACAGCUAGGGGUGAUAACUACACCAGCGACAUGAUCAGGGUUACUGCUGAAUUUUCGCGUGACCAGGGUGUUCGUAAGGUUGCAGAAAAAAUAUCAAUCAUCAUCAAAAUUUCGCCUGUACUCGAAGGAAUUCGAAAGGAAAUUGUCACGCAGUCAGGUCUCUUUCACGUCGAAAUAUUGAUGAUGUCAGAUACUUUGAUUAAAAUGAAUAAAUUGUUAGGACCAAAGCAUCGCUUGAGUGCGAAAGCUCUAUACGUGCAAAGUGAAAAUCCAACUCUUUUAGUGAUAGAAGAUCUCGCGCCUCUCGGCUUUCGCAUGGCGUGUCGUCUGUCAGGUCUCGAUCUAGAUCAUACUGUAUUGGCGCUUCGCGGAUUAGCCAGGUUUCAUGCAGCCUCUGUAGCGAUAUGCGAGAAGGAACCGAAACAAAAGGAAAUGUAUUCGAGAGGAAUAUUUUCCGACACACACCCGCCAGAAAUGAAAAGUUUUUUCAUUAUGAGUGUUAAAACUUUAGCAGACGAGAUUACAAAUUGGCCAGAAGUGAAAAAAUAUUCGGAAAAAAUUGCUAAACUUACCGAUCACAUAUACCAAAUAGGAAUAGAUGCAGCCAAGCCCUCUGAAGAUGAAUUCAAUGUCAUUAAUCACGGUGAUUUCUGGGUGAACAAUAUGUUGUUCAAAUAUGACAAUGAUGACAAACCUACUGAUCAUAUUUUUGUGGAUUUCCAAGUUUGCGUUUACACUUCGCCGGCAAUCGAUCUUCUCUAUUUUCUUAAUACAAGUCCUUCCCCGGAUAUUGUCGAAAACAAGACAGAUAUUCUGUUAAAUGAAUAUCUUGGCACACUGUCGACGACUAUGAAGCAAUUAAACUGCAAAACACAGCCGCCCACUAUGGAAGAACUAAAGGCUACCAUAAAGCGAAGAGCUAGCUAUGGAAUGAUAUCAUCCUUUACUGUUCUUCCAGUAAUGCUAUGCAGUAAGAAAGAAGCGAAAGAUUUUGAUGAAAUUAUGAGCAGUGGUACUUUUGUAAAUGCUGGUUUUAAGAGCGAAACUUAUAAAAAGAUAAUGAUAAAAAGAAUUCCAAUGUAUGACGAGUGGGGUCUACUAGACCUUUAAUGUAUAUUUAAUGAUAUAGUGAUGAAUAAUUUGAAAAAAAAAAAAUAAUAAUAAUAAAAUUAAUAAAAAAAGAAAACAAAAAAGAAAUAAGAAUAGAAAAAAAUAAUAGCUAAUAAAAAUACACAGAAAAUUCAUGAAAAUUAAUAACAAUAAGAGAAAAUGGAGUAGGACAGCGUAGUUAAAAUUUGAUGAAUAAAAGCUAGGUUUUCAUAAUUAGCAUGUCUUCUUUACUUAUUUUAUUGUAUAUAGAGAAGAAGAGAGUAUUAUAGCUACUGUGGACGUCAUGAUUACUUCCAUUAUCUCCGUUAUUAGAUGACAAAUUCAAAUAAUUGUUUAUGGAAUUAUACAAUUAGUAGCGUUUUUUAAUAGCCCUAAUAUGCCAACACACAAUAGCUAACAAUUGUUAUAUGGCAUUUUUACUUUUGAGCACAUCUAAAUAUCUUUUUUAAGAUAUACUUUAGCACUUAAUUUUACAUACUUCCUCAAUGUUUUUAAAUUUGAGCGUAUUAUCAUACAAAUGUAUAUAUGUGCACUUGAGUGUUUUUUGUUAUUUAGUUUUUUAUUCGGCUAUAUACACUUCGAGUUAUGCAGAGUUAAACAAUAACAUUAGAUUUUGUUAAUAUAGUUUGUUUAGAUGAAAUUUUUAUAUUUAAAUAUUUCUUUGAUAAAUCAAUGGUUAUUCUAAAGGGUGAUGUUCAGAAACAAAAAAUAUCAUUUUAUAUUUGUUCUUUAAAGUUAAACAGAGAUAAAAUAAUUUUUUUUAUGGAUAUCACUAAAGUCUUUAAGCGCAGGAAAAUUUUAAAUCGGAAAAAUUGUAAAAUUAAAAGUGAAAAAUUAAAAAUAUAUAAUUUUGUAACCAAA